CGUGAAGACUUGGCUAUAGCAUCACAUGGUGAUUUGUAUACAUUUUCGUUAUUUGGUAGCACUUGCCACUUCUUGACAAUACUUCAUUUGAGACACUGAAGCUAAAUUUGCAUCGAAUAAAGAGAAAUUCACCCCUAUAUAUAUAAUACUAGUAUAAAUAUUGCAAUCUGCGUAAGUUUCUGAAAAACGCAGCUUGCUAGCUGUUUGAUUACACAGAGAGUAUAACUACUUGCCUCGUUUUGAUGUAUUAUGAAUGAAGUUUAUGGAGACGAGAUGGAGUAUUUUUAUCGUUGUUUUGAGUUAUGAUAAAUUAAUAACUCCAAAAAUCAGUUAAAGGAAAUUUCCAAUGUUUCGACUGCGCAUCUGGCGAGAAAAAAAUAUAAAUGAUGCAUUGAUAUUAAUGAUAUGUGUUACCCGCAAAUCCUCAUUCCACCUGUAAUCACAACAAAUCAGGCCAAAUGUGAUGUCAGAGCAAGCUCUYAGCAUAAAAAAUUACUUCUCGAGAAAAAUACUAAUUUUUCCAACGGAAGUUCUAUUCCGUGACUCGUAAAGGGGUCCAUUGUAACCCUAGUCCUCUCCCAGCGGGGAUAUGUUUGUCAUGCUUGUAGAGAUGCUGCUGGCGGCGGUGACGAACGGCCUUCACGUUUAUUUUGUACUUUUGCUGUCGUUCCUAGCGACUGUAGUUUAUAUGACAUACCGUCUCCUUCGUUUCCCUAAGCCUGGUCCRUAUGUGGUAAAAAGCUUUAUUCGUAAGAACACUCCRAAUAGAAAUUCGCCUGUUAUUAUCGCACAUCGWGGAGGAGGCCUCGAGGCCCCAGAAAAUACUUUAGCGGCAUUUCGAAAAGCCAAGSAAAAUGGAGCCACUGGAGUGGAGUUUGAUUUGGAUUUYACUMAAGACGGAAUUCCUGUAAUAAUUCAUGAUUCGACAGUUGAUAGAACUACCGAUGGAUGUGGGAAUGUCUGUGAAUUACGAUACGAAGAACUCAGKCGGAUGAACGCUGCCGCAAAGCACCCUUUGAGAGGUGAAUUUCCCAGUGAGCAAAUUCCUACACUAGAAGAUGCUGUCACCACAUGUAUUGAUUUAGGUCUUCAGAUGUAUAUCGAUGUCAAAAAGUAUACUGGAGUGAACAAGGUUGUGCAUGCUUUAAAAGAUGUCUUUGACCGACACAAGCUGCAUGACAAAGCCAUGGUUUGUUCGUUUUAUCCAAAUGUUAUAUUCCAGGUCCGUAGAGCAGAUCCAAACAUUUUAACUGCCUUGACUUGGCGUAAACAUGUUAUCGCCAAACAAAUGAAUGGAGUUUCACGUUACAAAGAGGUUUGGAAACAGCUAAUUACACAAGUCUUGGACAGGAUAUGGGAGCUACACCUUCAUUCCUGGGUUUUUGAGUUUCUGGGAGUUACAGUGUUUCUAGUCAAUAAGGAUUCAGUUUCAAAGUGGUAUAUGGAGGAAUUCAAGCAGCGUGGAAUCAAUCUAAUACUAUGGACUGUCAAUCAUCAGUCUGAGAAAGAUUAUUUUACUCAGUACCUUAAACUUCCAAUAAUGACAGACUGUGUUUGUAGAGAUUCACAAUAUGAAGAACAAACUCUAUGACAGUGAAGGAACUUUAAGAGUUGUAUAAAUAGGAAAAUGGUAUUACUCAAUAUGUAAUUAAGCCACGCUUUUUUCCAAAAAAAUAUGUUCCCAAAUCGGCGGUGCGGCUUAUCUACGAGAAGACUUGUAAAAUGCACUAAAAAAGCUAAUUUGCACACAUUAGCAUUCUCUGUGCUACUUUCUGCAGACAGUUGGCGGCGUUUUAUAAAUUGUCUAGGACAUUCAGUAAAGUUUGUUUUACACGGCGCAGAGCCAAUGAACAGAGAGCAUUUUCAAUCCUUUUGUCUUGGAGUUGUUUUGGUGACGCAAUGCUAAUUUGCAAUUCGACUUUGUCACACUUAAAGUGAAGAAUCCAGGGUAAAUAUUUUGAAUACCCAAGAAAAUAAGCCUAAGAAAUUGUUCCUUAUAUCAAACAAAUACAAUCGUCUUUAAUGAUAAUGUUUGUUAUGGUAACAAACAGAAAGUAGUGAGCAAUUUUAAGCGAGUAUUUUAAAUUUAUUUUCCACUAUUUUUUAAUAACACAGAGGUGUAUUCCAUUGAUUAGAUUGUAUGCUUAUUUUUUGUGUAAAAAAAACGGCAAAAGUGAAUAAAUGAAUACUUAUCUUUUCCUUUUA